AAAACUGAAAUAAUAGAAUCGUAAUAAUUGGAUUUAAUGCAAUUAUUAUUUUUUUCACUAUUUCAAACAAAAUUAUCUAAUUUAUUCAUAAAAUAUAUUAUUACUUUACUUAAUGGGUUGUGGUAGUAGUGCAGGAGCUGUGAUAGAAUAAAAUAGAGCACCUGGUUUUAAAGGACCAGUAUUUAUGACAAUAAAGCAUGCUUUAUUAGAAAGAGAUGUAAGAUUCAUUGGAGUUAUGGAUCCUUACAUCAAAUUAAUUAUGGGGAGACAAGAGUUUAAGACACCAAUUGCAAAGGAAGGAGGAAAACAUCCGUAACUAUAUAUUUCUUAUUAUUUCUUAAAUAGAAAAUGGGAAGGGUGUACUCACACAUUUUAAAAAUUGCUAGGAGAACCAGAUGUAAUUAUAGGAUAAGUUUGGUGUGAAAAUACUUUAACUUCUGACAUUCUUAUUGGUGAAGGUGCAUUUUCAUUGACUUCUAUAAGAAAAGGAAAUGCUGAACCAAAAAGAAUUUCAUUUUUACUUUUCCAUAAUGGUGAAAAAGCAGGUGAAAUUAGUUUGGAAGCCACCUUUACUCUUGAUCCAAGUGGUAAAGACUUACCAGAAAUCAAGGCUCCGGAUACUGAAGGAAAGUUCAUUGUAAAACCAAAAUUUGGUCGAUUAAAGAAGAAUACCAAUCUAUUAUUAAAAAUGGAUCCAUUCUUAACUAUUCAUUUUGGUAAUGAAACUAUGAAUACUUCUGUUGAUGCUGCUGGACAUACUACACCAAAAUGGAAUGAUGAAAUAAUAUUUACAAGAGAAACAAAUGAAGAUACUUUAUACAUAGAAGUUUGGGCUGAAUCUCUGAUUGGAUGGAAUGAUUUCUUGGGAUGCGGUAAAAUAUUUAUUAAUCUGAUAGGUUAUGCCUCAAUUACUGAUUCAUUAUCACUAAAAGAAAAUUAAUUGUAAACAGUUACAAUAUUUUAUGAUGGUUCAAAUGUAGGUGAAGUAGAGAUAGAAUGUUCAUUUAAGACAGCUAAACCUUAAGAUUAUUUGUAGAAAGAUAAAUAAUCAACAGAAGCUCCUACAAAGGAAUCAUUUUAAUAAUAACUUUAAUAAUAUUAAUAGCCAUAAUAAUAAUAAUAAUAUUCAUAAUAAUAAUAAUAACAACAAUAAGUUCUUCCUUAAUAAUUAAAUUAAUUUGUUUAAAAUUUUGAAGCUAGAUAUUAAAAUAGCUAUGGAUAAUAGCCAAUGAAUGGAAGAGUAGAUUUCACUUAUCCUAAUGGUGAUCACUAUUCGGGAGAUAUGAUGAAUAAUUUAAAACAUGGAUAGGGUAGACUAUAAUUCAGUUAUGGUGGAUACUAUGAAGGUCAAUGGGCUAAUGAUUAAGUAUUAUAAGUUUAUUAAUAUCUUUUAGUAUAAUGGAAUGGGAAUUUUAGUAAUUGGUGAUUCUAAAUAUGAAGGUCAAUUUAUAAACGGCAAAAAAAAUGGAUAAGGUAAAUAGGUUUGGAAUAACAGAUAACAAUAUGAUGGAUAAUGGGUUGAUAACAAUAUGCAUGGAAAUGGGUAUUUUUUAUUAAUAUCUAGUGAAUGGACCUUUGUAAAUGGAGGAAAAAAGAAGGGAGUUUGGGCUAAUGGAAAUAGAUUAAGAUGGUUAGAUGAUGAUUAAAAUAUAAUUUCAUCUAAUAAAACCAUGGUCUCAGGUUUUAUGUUAACAAGUCCAAAUUAAUAGUUUACUUUAUCUUUCUUUCAUGAUGGCAGAUUAUUCAUCUUCCAUAAUUAGACAAGAUAACCAAUUUUUUCAGUAUUCUUAAAAAAUAAUAAAAAUAGGCUAUUAAUUUCAACCGACAACCUAUUCCACCUGUUUGGUUGAAGUUUGAUUAAUCUGGAGGAGAAUUAUAAAUGAUUGAUGCAAAAGGAAUGCCAUAUUGGGUUACAGGAUAAAAUUUUGGAAACUUUGCUCCUCCUUUUGUUUUGAUUUUGUAGGAUGAUGGCAGACUAGUUAUCUAAGAUGCUAAUGGAUAACCAAAAUGGUAUUCACAUUGA